CGUGGUUUUAUUGAGUUGCCGGCAAGUCGUCCGCAGUUGCGACGGACACGCUCAAGUGGUGUUGUCAUUCCGUUCAUCUAACAUUUCAUCAAGACUAAACACAAACAUAAAAUAAAAUAGUUGAUUCAAACAUUUUUAGAACACUUGUUCAAGUUAAUGAUAAUCAUACUGUGUAGAAUACCAUCAUGAGCUCUGCAACAUUUGCCGGGAUUCUAGACAGUUCUGUUGCUUCAGAUUUUUGUUUUGCUUCAGGUCCAGUACCACCGCCACCACCACCCCCACCACCUGUAUCAGGCCAAGUGCCAACAAUGAAGAUCGAAAGCGUCGAUAGUCCUCAUUCCAGACGUUCUCAAUUGAGCAAUAAUGAUCGAUACGAGCCUCCUGUAGUGAUACAAAAUGCUAUGAUGUCUAAGGAUAAAAAACCAUUUACUUAUACACCAGGAAUGGGUGGAAAGUUGGAUUUAUCUCAAAUAAGAAGCCCCAGAAUGGCACGUAGAGUUGCUAAGAAUGCUAAUGAUGAGGGAAUUGAUGGACUACCAAAAUCACCAUUAGCCACUGAACAGACACGUCCAGUUUCAACAAGUACAAAUUUAUUCAUUCAACCACAGGUUGCUGUACCAGUUUUUCCAGCUGGAAAUGUACCAUCAACACCAGUUACACGUGGAGCUUCGAGAAACUCAGAGCUAACGUCACAACCAAACACACCAGAUACAGUAUCAACUUCACCUCAAGUUAUAUUAUCAAAAGCACCAACUCCGUGGCUGCAAAACAAAAAUAAGACUUCAGAAGAAUUGCCUGAAUGGGCCAAACGAAAUAUUGCAGCAAACGAAUCAUCAUCACCAUCAUCAAUGGCCCACAUUUGUUUUGUUCCAUCGCUAACAUUGCAGAAUCAAACAGUUCCACCAAGACAACAAUCGCAACAACGCAUUCAAAUGAGACCAGUUCCAUUACAAUCGACUGACCAUGAUGUUUCAAUUCAGGUUGAAGACAGACCAUCUGUAUUUUCGGUAGUUAAUGAGCCGGGACAUCACCAUCAGUUUCAAAAUUCGACUCAAUAUCAGCAACUACGAAGUAAUUCAAGACCAGUAAGUCCUCCAGUUCAGGCAACAAAAAUACAACCACAGCUACCUGGAUCUUAUAUUGUGCCUAUGGUUCUUGAAAGUGGCAGUAUGAAAUCACCGAAUGGAAAUUCUGCGUAUCAGCAACAGCCAGGAUGGGAUUAUGCGCAACCAGUUCAAGCUCCUAAUCAAAUAAGAGGAAAUUGCCAACAACGUGGUCCACUUUUCAGUCAACUAGAGCCUGGACCAGUUCAAUCACGCUCAUUCCGAGUUUUGCAGAAAAUAACUGAUACAGAUGAUGACAACAUUAAUGUUGAGCAAAUACGUAAACUGCAACUAACUGAAGAUGACAAACUUUUGAUGAAUAAAUUUAAAGAACAAGUUGAUGGUGACACUUUUUUGCAUCAAGAGGAAGAUCCAAGAUAUCGAGGGGCCACCAUACCAUCUCGAGCUUUUCGAUGUUUGCAAAAUAUGACUGAUGUUGCUGAUGGUUCGACAGAUGCCUCUAGAGGAGUCAACAAACCCAACAAGAAAGAAAACCGGAAGUCUCAAUCAUUUGAGGAAGCCCAGGUUAAUCUUCCAGCAAGUGAACAGCAAGUUCAGGAACCGAAGAAAUACACUGGAAGUGCAAUUCCAUCAAGGUCAUUUAAAAUACUCCAGGCAAUGACUACACCAGAAUCGUUCGGUCCAGAUACAACAGACUAUUGAGUCGUCAUAAUCAUUGCUUCGUUAUCAAGACAUAAUACAUA